UACUUCUUAAAAAAGUCUGUCUUGGUAACAGGUUCUACCUCUAAAACAGUUUCAAUAAAAACAAGAAUUCCUGUACGGUACUAUUGCAAAAUUUGUAAUGGCAAAUCUGUUGAUCUAUGUAUAAGAGAAAAGUAUAUGAAAGAGAAAGUGCAUAGAAUACAGGGCAUCAUUAAUUCUACAAACUUUGUUGAGUCUUCUAAUGCACCAAUCGAAGAAGAAAUGAUAUAUGAUGAUUCAAUAGAAGUAGAUGAAAAUUAUGAUGAUAACAGUAAUAAAGAUAUUAAUUUUCUUCCCAAAAAGCCAAGAAAGUUUAAAGGAAAAAUGAAAUUAAGUGGUUAUGAUGGUGAUACCAGUAAUAUAACAUAUCUAAUAGUCAUAAUCGAACAGUAUUUUUCUGAGAAUGAUUAUGAAGAUGAUAAAGACAUCGAUCAAGACAUAAUUACCGAUAAAGAGAAUAAUGAGGAAUUAGAUAAUAAUGAUGAAUUAGAACAAUUUAUUAACUUCGAUGCUUCUGAAUAUAAUAAGAGUAUUGAAAAUAUUUCAAUAUCUAAUAUUAAUACUACAAUCGAAUUGCUAAUUUUGUUUAUGAGAUAUCUAUUAGUACUUAUUGAUGAAAAUAAGUAUAUGACAUUUCCAACUUCACUAAAAAUG